UUAUAAUUGAAAAAUGAUAAGUAAAGCUUCUCUUCGCUCAUUCCUGCAAGCGUAGACGACCUUGAACUACCCAAAAUGGCCUCGUCUUCCAAGCCCACGCUUGUCCUGGUUCAGGGUUCCUUCCAAUUGCCUGAGGUCUACUAUAAAUUAUCUGACGCACUACGAAAUGCCGGCUAUCGCGUUGUGCAGCCGUCUCUACCGAGCCUUACAGACCAAGACAAGCCCGAGUUUGCCUUGAAAUCCUUGACGGACGAUGCCCUUGCCAUUCGGUCUAAGGUUCAGGAACUAGUCGCCAAAGGGGAAACCGUCGUUAUGGUUAUGCAUUCAUACGGUGGCUUAGUAGGUUCUGAGGCUGUUACGGAAGACUUGUCGGUCGAGCAACGAAAGUCUAAUGGCCUCGCUGGUGGCGUGUUACAUAUGUUCUACUUUGCAGCCUUCAUCCUGACUAAGGGUCAAUCGGUGCUAAGCACGUUUGGCGAAUCCUCAAACAAUCUCGUCAAACCAAAUGGGCGUUUCGCGCUCAAGAACGUAGCCGACAUACUAUACCACGAUCUCCCUGCCGCCGAGGCACAGUAUUGGGAAUCGAAAACAAUCGACCAAUCCUAUGCGGUGCAAAGUACUGAAAUCACCAACGAGGGAUUCCGCUUUGUUCCCUCCACGUACGUCGUCUGUGAAAAUGACCGUGGUCCUCCUCCGAAGUACCAGGAGAUCUUUGGCAAGACUGCGGGCUCCAAGAUUAUCAAACUCAACUCUGGUCAUUCGCCUAUGCUUAGCCAUACGGACAAAUUAGUAGAGAUGAUCAAUUUAGUUGUGCAAUCUGCUGUUGAGGGAUGGUCAUAGAGUGAAGUGGCCCGACAUUGUCAAGUAUCAUGCACAUUAGAGGUGCUUCUACUCUUGCAAUUGCUCUGGCAGAUGGUGUUAGCUACACUGAGAGCGCAACAGACCUCUUCAGAAGGCAGCGAGGGGUUUUGGUGGCACUUACGAGGCACUCUUAGAGCGAUCACCCUUUUGCGCGCCCAUGGACAUUGCUCACAUCACUGUGGAAUAGAUGAAGAUGUGACACUGAAAAUGAGUCCCAUUCACUUUGUAGCUGCGGAGGGUUCAUUGAUAGGCGGUGGCGUGGCCGCUGAAGCCACACCAGCACCAGGAAACAGCGAGAGUCAGGCCAUAGCAACCCCUUUUCAAAUACACUUAACGCUACUGUUGAGAAUGACCAUGUGGCCUAUGCCGACGUUACAUUCCCAGGAGGCCUAUAUAUUACUGAUAGCCACUCUUAGAAACCCCCCACCAAGCGACUCGUAUGUAGCAGUUCGUAGGACCCCAACAGCGUGGCAGCUUUCUCAGCAUUCUGAACAUAUUAGUAUUUUCAUAGUUGUAAUUCACGCCGUUAUAAAUUCGUUGUUAAAC